ACGUUAUCUUUAUGUCAGUGGCUGCCUUUGUUGGACCCGACAGGCUGAUUACUGAGUUCUGAUCUCUCAGGUACCGUUCCAUUUAUAAAUACACCACACAAUCACCUUUCCCUAUGUUCCCUGAGAGGAUUACUGAGCAAUGCUGCACAACACCUCUCACUGCAAGGUGGGAAGUGGGUAGGUCCAUGGACGGCGUUGACAAGUUGUUAGACUAGAUAUGUUAUUUGCCGUGACUGAAGAGCUGAGCUCCGCCCUUUGUUUAGAAGUACCCAUUGGGGGCGUACCGUUUAUUAACAUGAAGAAAGCAGAGCCUAACUACUGAGCAAAGUACUGGUGCUCAUACCCCCUGCCACAGCACCAGCUCCGCCAUGCACGACUACGACCAGGACACCUCCUUUCUGGGGGAGUGGGGCCGCUUCCAGCUUAUGAUCUUCUUCUUGCUCAGUGCCAGCAUAAUCCCCAAUGGAUUCAAUGGCAUGUCCGUGAUGUUCCUGGCUGCCAUCCCGGAGCAUCGUUGUACGGUACCCGACAGUGCCAACCUGACCUCGGCUUGGAGAAAUGUGAGCAUCCCCCUGGAACUGCAUGACGGGCUGGAGGUGGAGAGCAAGUGCCGGAGAUACCGGCUGGACAUCCUGAGUAAUUUCUCCGCUAUGGGGCUACUGCCUGGGCGGGAUGUCAACUUGAGUGUGAUAGAGACUGAAACUUGUAUGGAUGGAUGGGUGUACGACAGAGACCUGUACCUCUCCACCAUAGUGACAGAGUGGGAUAUAGUCUGUGAAAAUGACUGGAAGGGGCCCCUGACUACAUCUUUGUUUUUUGCUGGUGUUCUUUUUGGUUCGUUUAUUUCGGGACAGUUGUCAGACAGCUUUGGAAGAAAGAAGGUCCUAUUUAUAACCAUGGCUAUACAGACCGGCUUCAGCAUUAUACAGGUCUUCUCAACCAGCUGGGAGAUGUUUGCCAUUCUGUUCCUAAUUGUGGGCAUGGGUCAGAUAUCCAACUAUGUGGCUGCUUUUAUAUUAGGAUCUGAAAUUCUUGGCAAAUCUGCUCGUAUAAUCUUCUCCACAUUAGGCGUAUGCAUAUUUUUUGCUAUUGGUUAUAUGAUGCUGCCGUUGUUUGCGUUCUUCCUUAGAGAAUGGAGGACAUUGCUUUUGGCACUUACAGUUCCUGGGCUGCUCUGCAUUCCACUCUGGUGGAUUAUCCCUGAAUCUCCGCAGUGGCUAAUAUCUCAGGGAAGGAUAGAGGAAGCAGAAGCAAUUAUACGAAAGGCUGCAAAAAUAAAUCGUGUUCCAGCCCCACCUGUUAUAUUUAAAAUUGCUGAGCUUGAAGAUUUUAAAGAACGGGAGCAAAAACGGCACACGUUUCUGGAUCUUGUACAGACCACUAACAUUCGCAUAAUCACCAUAUUAACUAUGUUUUUGUGGUUGAUUAUAUCAAUUGGUUAUUUUGGCGUUUCCCUUAAUACCCCAAAUUUACAUGGUGAUCCAUUCUUAAAUUGCUUGUUUAUGGCAGCCAUUGAAGUCCCAUCCUACAUUAUAGCAUGGUUGCUUCUCAGAACGGUAUCUCGUCGGUUUUCAAUGUGUGCUACGCUGCUGCUUGGUGGAGUCAUGCUUCUUCUGAUUCAGCUUGUUCCAUUGGAUCUCCAUAUUCUGUCUACUGUUAUGGUGAUGGUGGGAAAAUUUGGAGUCACUGCAGCUUUUUCCAUGGCUUAUGUCUACACAUCAGAACUUUAUCCUACAGUAAUAAGAAAUAUGGGUGUUGGCAUUGGUUCAAUGUCUUCCAGAGUAGGAAGUGUUAUCUCCCCUUAUUUUGUUUACUUAGGUGCUUACAACAGAUUGCUGCCGUAUAUACUCAUGGGGAGUUUAACUGUAAUCAUGGGGGUCCUUGUUUUGUUCUUCCCUGAAACACUUGGAAAACCUCUUCCGGAGACUAUUCAACAGACACCAAAUGUCAAAGGGUUGUGCUGUAGAAAAAGCAUCCAUGAAGAUACUGAAGCAUAUCCUGAUGAUAGAAAAAAUGGCAUUAUUUUGAUGACUUCAAAAUUAUGAUACAUUUUUUUUUCACUGUAGUCUCCAAAGAUAUUAGCAUUGGUUCCUGUACUUUCAUAAAUUCUCAGAUGAAAAUGAAAACCGUACAGAAGAGAGUAUUGCAGGAACUUCACCAUUCCAAAAAUGACUUUGUAAAAGGUGUAUCCAAAUACAUAGUGCUUGACCUAAUAAAGGUUGUUUGAUCUAUAUGAUAAUCAGCAGUUACAAUAAUGUAGAAUUGGAUUGUGGAUCCACCGUUUAUUCCUUGGUGUAAUGGGCAUUGAUAUAUAUUAACUACCGUAUAUUACCAAGUGCCACAGAUUCUUAAGUUGGUUUUAAAAACUCAAAGUUGUUUGUAAUUUUUUUGUUUGUUUAAACACGGCAUUAUAUUACACUGUUAUUAUUAUUUUAUUUUUUGUAAACAUUAUUUGGAUUUUGUGAUAAUAUUUGAAAAACCUGGUAGAGCAAGUCUUUGCUCUCUUUUUUUAUUCCAUAUUCACAUAACUAUUAUAUUUUCAUAUGAGUGUUAAAUUAGUUUGAAAUUAUAUAUAUUGGUCUGUUUAGGAUGUGAUGUUCUGGUUUUGCAAACUUUUUAAAUGGGAAUAAUUAUUUAAACCUUAAAUUAUGUUAUUAAAAAUGGCUUUUUUUACAUUUAAAUACAUAAAAGUACAGAACAUCUACAAAACUAAAAGAUAAGAGGAUUGAAAUAUAUAUCUGACCAGCCAAACCAAAGUUGUGCUACAGGCUGCAUCAUAUGUGUUGUGUGUAUGGGAUGUAAAUCAUCUUUUAUUGUGAAGAUAUUUCCAAAAAUGUAUGAAAUCUUGCUGAGUUCAUAGUAAAUUAAAAGAUAGAAAAAUGUAAAAAAGACAAAUUGUUCUUUUUAACUUCCAAAUAAUCUGUAAUUUUUAAUAAAUAACUUUUUAUAUUAUUAAA